ACGCUAAGUGACUCAAAAGCUCUACUUUAAUGGUUUGACUUAAAUAUUCCAGUCCUCAGCCUUCUCCCCUAAUACACUAGUUCCCAGUUCCCCCUACACCCCCUGUGCUUCUUUCAUGUUGGAAAGGUUAUUUGUCCAACUGCCUUAAAUUCAGUUUUGUAUUUAUCAUGUUUUUUUUAUACAAUGCUAUUUUUUUAGAAGCCACGGAGUUAUGUACAAGUCCUGGAGCCCAUCGGAGAGGACAGCUACGGUGUCAUUUAUAAUGGAUGGCACCGUAAAGAACAAAAGGAAGUGGCAGUUACCAUCAUGAAAGAUGAAGAGAAGCAGAAAGAAGUCCUCAAUGAACUGCAGGUUCUAGAAACCAUUUCUGGCCAUGGAAACAUCAUUGGCUAUUACGGGGCAUAUUUCCAACCUGCCUCUGUAAAAAUGCCAGAAUAUGAGGGACUGUGGAUUUCAAUGGAGCGUUACAGUGGGACAUCGGUAAAACAGCUCUUUAACAGCAACAUAUCCCACUCCUUGAAAGAGGGCUGGAUUGCUUAUACCUGCAAGGAGGUAUUAAAGGGCCUGUGCCACCUUGAUAAGCACAAGGUGAUUCAUCAUGACUUAAGGCCAAACAACAUCAUGAUAACAUCUGAUGCAGAAGUGAAGAUCAGUAAGUGAUACCAAAAACCUGAACAAACGGAUAUUUAUUUCUAUCGUCAUGGUGGGUUGCAUUUAUAAAUGAAAAUUAAAAUUCCU